GGCAUCAGUUACCAUAAUGGAAGAGGGUAAGGACGAAAACAGUAAAAGUAAGAAGCUAACUUACGAAGAAUAUAUGGCGAAAUAUCGGAAGCGGAAAUACAGAAGACGAAGACGGCGAGGCGGAAUUCUCUGUUGUUUUUAUCUGGCUGUCGAUAAACUGGUCAACAUAUUACAGUCCAGCCCAGAGGAGUACAACGGCAUUAAAACGGUAUUGGGGUUUCCUAUGGGGAUUAUGAUUGGAUUCGCUCUAUACAAGGCGGUUUUGGAACCAUUGAGCCUCCCGAAAGAUUUACGUGAGCUAGUAGGCGGGGUCUUAGGACUGGCACUGGCCAGCGGCUAUGCCAUGUCGGUACAGGUGCGGUGCAUUUCCUGGCUGCUGAUCCCUACAUUUUUUGGAAAGAAAGGGAGAUCAUUUGUAGGAGCUUAUGCUAUCAUGUUUCUCAUCUCAGGACCAGUUCACAACAUUAUAUUGAACGGGAGGGAAGUGGUCCGCUCAUUGGUCUGCGCCACUGAGCUGGCAGCCAAUCACACGGCCGCAAAGAGAGAGUUAAAGUCGAAACCAUUCUCUGACGGAAUGAAGGAAUUCCAGAAAGAGGGUGCCCAUUUGAAAACCAUUACAAAAAAGAUAGGCAUAGCUUAUCAACCAAUAAAGGAGGAGUUAAAAGGAAAAGAGGAUGACGAAGAGGAAGAUGAAAUGGCCGAUCGAAUGAGAAAAGUAGAUAAGUAUUCACGUGGUCGGCGGGGAAACCGGAUGAAAAAGAUUGAUUCUAAAAAUGAUGAAAGUAACGCUCAGGAUAGAUCGGAAAAAGCCGAAAAGAAUUACAGAAAGAAAUUAGAAAUGAGAUGUGAAGAUGUAUGGAACAAAGCAGUCAUCAACUGCCGGAAGAAAUUUAAAUCUCUGGAGAAGAAAUGUCUGUCUAUGAUCCCGAUUAUCGGUUAUAUUCUGUGUCUGCCGCUAAAACUGACCUUCUUCUGUGAACUUGUACGAGUGAUACCUGGGGCAGUAGGAAUGGAAUGUGAAUCUGUGGAUGUCAUGGAGCCUGGAUUUGGGGAUACUUACAUUGCAGCAGAGGACACGAUGGAUAACAUGGAUAACAAUUUUGAGGUUAAUCUACAGUAUAAGUUAGUAAGGACCCCGGAAGACGUAGAUUAUACAAUGGCAGAGGAAAUGCGGAAGGGAACAGCACAUGAGUUUGAGAAGAAACAAGUGUGGGUGGAGUUUCUGAUGACACUACUGCAAAGAGUGCUGGCCUUCACAUUUGUUCUGGUGUUAAUCAGUGCCUACAAAUACAACAAGAAGUAUUUAACCGACUUUCAGUUUGAUAACAUCUACAUCUCAAAGUACUUCCGCCAUGUUGACGCUAGACGCCAUUAUCAGAAAAAGCGGACACUGCUACCUUUGAAGAAAUUUGAAAGUGACAACAUGAUUUACCCUAAUACGAUGAAACUGAUGAAAGCGGAGAAGAAAAAACUGAGCAAGGGUACCUUCAUGAUUGUGAUGCGAGGGCUGGUGACGGCCAUGAUUGUGAUGUCUGCAAAACUGCUGUAUGACGUAAUGGACAUAAUCGAGAAAAACAGCCACGUGACUUACAGACAACAAGGUGUACACCACAUAGACAUUAAGGUGGAAGGCACGGGGUUUAUGAGUGACAUCAUCCGCCUCUUUCUGCUGGGUUUUAACCAGGAGCACAGUAUUGAUCAAGUGUCCACGAAUUUCGCGUGUCUGCCUCAUCCUUUGCCACUUCACUCUAUGGACAUUUUCAAGAUUUACGCCGUGUAUAUGCUUGUGUGGAUUCUUAUGUUCUUCGAGUCCUAUGGAUUACGCAUGCGCAGGAUCAUUUGUUCUUUCUUCUACCGGAAGAAGGAGAAAGCACGCAUAUUGUAUAUCUACAACGAAAUGCUGAAGAAGAGGAAAGGUUAUCUGAUGCAUCUUAGGAAAAAAGUCAGAAAGCAAGCAAGAAAAUCCCAGCUCUCUCGGGAUUCAAGUUUUCUAAUGGGAAUCCGACGCUCUUUUCCACGACUUGCAUUCCUGGUGAAAUGUUUCAAGGCUUCCAAAGCAAACUGUCUCAUCUGUGAGGACUUGGAGACAGACAAAUUUAUCGUCUGUCCUACGCCUAGUUGUAAUUUUUCCUACUGUCCGGAAUGCUGGAUCGACUGUAAGAAAAAUUGUUACGCAUGCGUGGUUCGAUCUACAGAUUACAGCGACAGUGACACGUCUGGAGAUGGAAGCACAGAUGAUGAUGACGUAUAGCCUAACUAUUUUUAACUCAUAGCAAACCUUGAAGCUUCAGCACAAAACUUUGAAACAUCAAUUAUGAAUAAAUGAAAUUGUUAGAUACCGUAAAAAUAUUAAAUGUUGAGGGUGUUCAACUUUUUUUGAUUAUGUUCUCUGAUUUGAAAUACAAUAUUCAACUAAUCGUUUUGAUGCACAGAAACUCUACAGGUGGAAGUUGCGAAAUUUUGGCAACGUAAUGAAACUUUUAAAGAAUGUCAUCAUACAACAUUGAUUUUUUCAACUUUUUUUGUUUUCACAAGCAUAUCAUCACUAAUGGAGGUAAAUGAAAUGUUUUUCUAUACAUUACUUACUUUCUGAUACGUUUUCAAAUAAUCUCUUUAUGUUAGAUUGUAUUUUACGAUACUGAAAAUCUCCAUGUGUCUUUUAUAUGUGCAUGUAAUGUCGUUUUUCACGUGAAGUAAUAGUACAACUUAAGAACGUUGCAUGUUGUGCAUACUUGUAUUUUGCAUGUAUAUCCAUAAAACAGUGAUGAUGCA